GAUGAUCCAAUCCAGUUCCAAUUGACCACGCCCAUACUUACAGCAGCAUGGUGGAAUCUGGUGCAGGUCCUUCUAGUAAGAGAUUCAAGAUGGCCUCUGGAGGAGAAGGAGCGACACACGUUGGAUUUAUUGGAGGAGGAAACCUGGCUCGAGCAAUUACAGAGGGACUCUUACAAGCAGAUGAUAAACAGAAAAGGUUCAAGAUUCACGCCUCAUUUGCUACCAAUGGCGAAAACUAUAAGAAGAUGCAGACUCUAGGCGUUGCCGUGACAACUAAUAAUAAGGACAUAGUUCUUUCUUGUGAUGUGAUUGUUCUGUCAGUGAAACCUCAUCAAGUAUUGCCAGUCCUUGAAGAACUAAGGAAGAUAUAUCAGGACAUUGACGAGAAUCAAUUACUGGUGGGAGGGGCCCCGUUGCCUAGGAACCUCAGGCCGCUCAUUGUUUCCGUGGCAACCUCUAUUACCAUAAAACAGAUUGAAGAAAAGACAGAGAUAUCUUGGAAGAUGGGUAGGGCAGACAUGUUGGGUCAUCUUCCUGUAAUUCGUUGCCUUCCAACUGUUGCAUCUUCUGUCAGAGCUGGUGUGACAGUAUAUACAAGUGGUCACUUUAGCACUGAAAAUGACAACAAGUUAUUUCUUGAUAUAUUUAAUUCUGUCGGUUUCACUCAAGACGUUCCAGAGCAGUACAUCGACGGAUUCACUGCAUUUACUGGCAGCGGAGUUGCUUUUAUGGGAUUAGUAAUGGAGGCGUUGGCUGAUGGAGGAGUGCUGGUUGGUAUUCCUCGAGGAAUGGCCGACAAAAUAGCAGCAUAUACAAUGAUGAGUACUGCUAAGAUUGUAAUUGAAAGAGGAAUGAAACCACACGAAAUAAGGACGUCAGUUGCUUCCCCGGGUGGUACAACCAUUCACGGACUGAAAGUGAUGGAGGACGCUGGAGUGAGAGGAGGGGUGAUGGGGGCAGUACAGAGAGGGACAGAGAGAGCUAAAGAACUGAGACCUCCGUCAUAGCUAAAGACGACUAACCCAUUAUUAAUAUUAGUUUAUUGAACUAACUCUAUCAGUUCAUUUAUGUAAUGUAUUUUUACAUGUUUGUACACUUUUUUAAAAUACCAAAAAUUAACUCUUUAAA